AUGAGCGUAUCGUUGGACGACAUCACUCCCAAUAAUGUUGGAAUGCUCAAGAAGCUGGUAGAGCUAUCCACGUUGGACUUCUCCUCCGACUGGUUUACAGAGGCCCAGAGUUCAGAAGAUUUAUUCAAGUUUGGUUACUUUGGCGAGAUUCCCGUGGGAUGUGUCAAGGCAAAGCCUCUGAUGGCCGCAAAUGCCUCUGACAAGUCUGCUCCCAUGGGACUGGUAAUCGAGUUUUUGGAAGUGUUACCUGCUUACAGAGGCCUCUCGAUCGAGGACAAAUUGCUGGAGCACAUAGAGACAGUGCUGAGAGAAAGACAUUUGCACACAUUAUGGGUUUUAUCGCCGCUGGAAUGGGCUUCUGCAACAUUGGAGAAGCGUGGAUACUUCAGCGCUGGCGAUAUUGCUGAGCUGCAAACUGGUUACGAAAAAAGGCUUCCUGCUUGGGAGAAAAAAUUAUAA